AUGGCGCCGAAGGCCGUCGUCAAGACGCAGGUCAAGAAGGCCAAGACCGUCUCCAAGAUCGUGCCCGCGCUUCCUCAAGACAAGGCGAAGGACCCUAAGACGACCGCCGCGAAGAAGGACAAAGACGCGGCGGCGAAGGCAAAGGCGAAAGCCGCGGAGAAGUUGCGCCUCGAGAGGGAGAAGGAGAAAGAGCAGAAGCAGAAAAGACUUGAGAAGAAGAAGGCCGAGGAGGCGGCGUUCCACGCCAAGGAGGCGAAGAGGCAAGAGCGCGAGGAGGCCAAGCAGAGGGCCAUCGAGGAGAGGGAGGCCGAGAAGGCCGUCGCGGCGGUGGCGCGCUUCGAGGCCCAGGAGGCCAAGCGGAAGGCCAAGGCGGAGGCCGCCGAGGCCUCGAGGCUCCGCCGGCUGGAGGUGGAGGAGGCCAACCGCAAGGCGUGCGAGAGGUGGCAGGCGGACCAGGCAGGGGUGGUGGUGGAUGCAGAGGAGGACGAGGAAGACGAGAAGGCAGGGGACACCGGCGCGGCCGCUUCGAGCCCCGCCCCGCAGCAGCAGGCGGAGGCCCAGGCGGAAGCCGCGCAGGAGGAGGAGGAGGAGGAGGAGGAGGAAGAAGCGGAGGAGGAAGCGGAGGCGGAGGCCGAGGGCGGCGAGGGGGAGGGCGCCGGGGCAGCCGCCGGCUGCGCGCUGGGGGAGGACACGGCGGCGGAGAGACGGGCGCAGCUGCAGGAGGAGGCCGACCAGGCCGCGCAGCAGGAGCUGCAGACUCUGUGGCGGGCCGCCACGGACAAGGCCGAGAAGGAGGAGCAGGCGAGGCGUGCGGCGGAGGAGGAGGCUGCGGCGAGCGCUGCGGAGGCCAAGGCGAGGGAGGAGGCCGAGGCGAAGGCGAGGGUCGAGGCCGAAGCGUUGGCACUGGCGGCGGCAGCGGCGAGGGCCCGGGAGGAGGCCGAGGCGAGGGCGCUGGCAGAGGCAGAGGCAAGGGCGCAGGAGGAGGCGAAGAUGAAGGCUGAGGCCGAGGCGAAGGCCCAGGAGGAGGCCGAGGCGAGAGCAAAGGAAGAGGCCGAGGCGAGAGCUCAACAGGAGGCCGAGGCGAAAGCGCUGGCAGAGGCCGAGGCGAAGGCGAAAGAGGAGGCUGAAGCCAGGGCGCUGGCGGAGGCCGAGGCGAAGGCGAAAGAGGAGGCUGAAGCCAAGGCGCUGGCAGAGGCCGAGGCGGCGAAGGCGAAAGAGGAGGCUGAAGCCAGGGCGCUGGCAGAGGCCGAGGCGAAGGCGAAAGAGGAGGCUGAAGCCAGGGCGAUUGCAGAGGCCGAGGUGAAGGCGAAAGAGGAGGCUGAAGCCAAGGCGCUGGCAGAGGCCGAGGCGAAGGCGAAAGAGGAGGCUGAAGCCAGGGCGCUGGCAGAGGCCGAGGCGAAGGCGAAAGAGGAGGCCAAGGCGCUGGCAGAGGCCGAGGCGAAGGCGAAAGAGGAGGCUGAAGCCAGGGCGCUGGCAGAGGCCGAGGCGAAGGCGAAAGAGGAGGCUGACGCCAGGGCGAUUGCAGAGGCUGAGGCGAAGGCGAAAGAGGAGGCUGAAGCCAGGGCGCUGGCAGAGGCCGAGGCGAAGGCGAAAGAGGAGGCUGACGCCAGGGCGAUUGCAGAGGCCGAGGCGAAGGCGAAAGAGGAGGCUGAGGCGACAGCGCAGGAAGAGAACGAAAUGAGGGCCCUCGCGGAGGCCGCGGCGAGAGCAAGGCAGGAGGCGGAGGAAGCCGAGGCCGAGGCGAAGGCUCUGGCAGAGGCCGCGGAGCUGGAGGCGCGGGCCGAGGAGGAGGCCGACGCCAAGGCCAGGGAGGAGGCCGAGGCCGAGGCGAAGCAGGGCGCCGAGGCGAAGGCGCUGGCAGAGGCCGAGGCGAGGGCGCCAGGGGAGGCAGAAGCCGAGGCGCCGGCAGAGGCCGAGGCGAGGGAGGAGGCGAAGGAUGAAGCCGAGGCGCUUGCAGAGGCCGAGGAGGACGAGGAUCGGAAGUUAAUCAAGCCCCCCACCCUGCCAAGCCGAGCCCAGGAGGAGGCCGCAGCGAAGGCGAAGGCCGAUGCCGAGUCGCAGGCGGUGGCUGCAGCUGCCAAGGCGGAGGAGGAGGAGUGCGCGGCGCGGGCGCUCGCGGAGGCCGCGGCGAUGGCGAGGCAGCAGGCCGAGGAGGCAGAGGCCGAGGCGCGGGCCCUGGCUGAGGCCGCGGAGCUGGAGGCGAAGGCGGAGGACGAGGCCGCCGCCAGGGCCAGGGAGGAGGCCGAAGCUAGGGCGAGGGAGGAGGCCAGGGCGGCAGAGGCUCGGGCCAGGGAGGAGGCCGAUGCAGAGGCAGCGGAGGAGGCCCAGGCCGCGGCGCGGACCCUGGCAGAGGCCGCCGAGCUGGCAGCGAAGGCAAGGGAGGAGGCCGAUGCAAAGGUUUGGGAGGAGGCCGAAGGAAAGGCGAAGGAGGGGGUCGAGGCGGCAGAGGCUCUGGCCAAGGACGGGGCCGAGGCAGAGGCAGCCGAGGAGGCGCAGGCAGCUGUGGAGGAGGCCACCGAGGCCGAUGCCGAGGCAGAUGCGGAGCCCCAGGCUGAGAAGGGCGAGGCGGAAGCCUGCGAGUCGGCCAAAGAUGCAGCGGAAGAGGAGGUAGACGAUGAGGAGGCGUCGAUCGCCAGAGAUGAAGGCGACGUCGUGGCUGACGAGGAGGCCGAGGCCAAGGCAGAGGUGAGGGGCCAGGAGGAGAAAGAGUUGGCCGAUGAGGCCAACGAGGCCAAGGAGACCCUGGAGUCGAAGGGCGCCGAGGCCCAGGCCGAGGCCCAGGACGCCCAGGCCAGGACAGAAGCCGAGGCCGAGGAGGCAGGCGGCGACCAGGAGGAUAUCCGGGCCGAGGCCUCCGAGGAGGCCGACGAGGACGGCGCCGACGGCCCGCCCCUGAAGAAGGCGAGGGCACAGGGCGACGACGAGGGCGCCGAGAUUCAGGAGGAGGUGGAGUCGCCGCCCGCCAGGUGCGAGGGCCAGGCGGCGCCUCACGCGGCGGAGGACACGGCGCCCGCGGAGGCGGCGGAUGAGGAGAAGGCCGACGUCCCCGACGCGGCUGACCUGCGCAGCGCCGAGGUCGAGAGCCCGCCGCGCAAGAGGGCCAGGUCCGAGGGUACCGACGAGGAGGCCGCGCAGAAGGGGGACGGCGAGGCUGCAGCGCCCGAGGAGCGCCCCGCGGCUGCCGCGCCCGUGGCACAGGCGGCGGCCGCGCCGGUGGCGCCGCUGGAGUACGGCCGCGUCGCUGCGCCGCAGGCCGCCCAGUGGCCCGGCGCAGCUCAGUGGCCCGGUGCACCUCAGUGGCCCGGGGCAGCCCAGCAGUGGCCUGGCGCAGCCCAGCAGUGGGCCGGUGGAGCCCAGUGGCCCGGCGCAGCCCAGCAGUGGCCUGGCACCGCCCGCCAGUGGCCGGGGGCAUCUCAGUGGCCGGGCGCAGCCCAGCAGUGGCCUGGCGCAACCCAAUGGCACGGUGCAUACCGGCGUUGA